AUGGCCGUGGUCGUUAGAGAGGAUGGCCGCAAGAGGGCGCAGGAGCGCCGGCGGAACGCGGCUGCGGCUCCCAGGCUCUGCAAGUCUGAUUUUGAAAGAGGGACUAUAUUCUGCAUGGAAACUCUGGAGCAGCAGAGCUGUGCCCGCAAUGUUAAGCCUCAAAUAAACAGGAAUCUGGGCCAUCAAAUGGGCUACUCUCGAGCUUUUGGCGUAGAGUCUGCCCUGUCUGGUGUAAUUCUUGCUACCACUGCCUUCCUUUAG